UGCGGCUGAGCAUGAGAUGAGCGGCGGGUGGUCGAACCUAUCGUCCUCCAUUUUUCUUCUUUCUUUCUCCCAGUGCAAAUGCAAAGAGCGGGCGGGUGCCGCGUUACUAUUGAGUCUGUGUCACAUUAGUGUGUUGUACGCAUUUUUCUGACUGGGAUUGCAGGUGAAACAACGCCAAGCAGGUUGCCUUGAUCUUCCGUAGGAUCGUUCCGUGGGACUAUUGUGCUGGUAGCUGCUUGAGGGUAGAGUUAUGAGCGACCUGGCCGUGGACAACGGCUGAAGCCGAGCUGUUAGAUUUCCAGCGGCUUGGUGUUGAUCAAGCUGCGCAGCGGAGUCGUGCUAGUUUCGACAACCACCAUCCGCCUGGCGUCAUGCAGGCUGGUGUAACGUUUCUCGCAUCGCUUUUUGCAGCUUGCUUCUGCUGCUGCCAUGCUCAGGCGCAAGGAGAAGAUGGCUCGGCUGUAGGGUUCCCUGACAAAGUUCAGGUCUACUUUCCGCAGAAGACUUCUCUGUCCUUUUUGGAGUUUCCCCGCAACGAUGCCAGGUUCAAGAAGUUGUUCCUGGUCAAUCGUGGGCGAACAGAAGUGAAGGAUGGAAGCAUCAUGUUCGCAAAAGGCAAAACGUACACUAGUGCGAGCCCGAACAUCAAAGUCGUUGCGAAGAUUGUUAGCUCGGGCUCAUCUUCGUUACCUGGCCAAAGCACCCUGGAUGGCUUGAGUGUCUCGCUGACAGCCGCCGUCGAAGGGCAAGGGGUUGUGGACGUUCACGUCACGACCGUUGGCCUUGCUUCCAAGAGCCUCACAGCCAGCAAACUGAGUGCCAAGCAGGCACUGAUCGCGGCCAGUGGACGCCCGCUGGACGAGGAAGCCAGAGCCAAAGGAGAAUUCAAUGUUUCAAUGCGCUGUGUUGGCCGUGGACAACAGCUGAUCCGGCUCACCGUCAGUGUUGAGCCGCUGGUGAUAUCGCCACAACGGCACCCCACGGCUGAAGUUCACAUGUUCAUCCGCAGAGCCUGCGGUACGGCAGCACCCACAGUUCAGCCCACCACACAGGAGGCCGGCGAGGAUGUGGAGACGCGGCCAAACUUCCGAGGGUUCACCCCACCCAGCAGAGAAACGCCGGCAAUAACCAAAUACUCUGCGGGCAUUGCAGCAGUAGGGCUCAUAGCAACAGUUGUGUUCUCUAUUCUUAUCUACCUCUGGUGCCAGCGCAGUGCUAAGCGUGCCAAGCGACGACGUCGGAACUCUCCCAGAGUCGAGUUCAACGCCGACGACAACAUUGUGCAUGUUGCGUCCAACAGCAGCAAGCGAGCGGCGAAUGGCAAGUCCAAGAAUGCCGCCAGCGCGAACAGCAAUGUGCCGAAUAACCAACUACACAGCCAAGUCCGGCAGCAGGAUAGUCUGUCUUAUGGAGAUGUCCAGUCCAACGUGAUCACACAGCGAUCAACUCUUUCGGGAGUAACUGGUGGUGCGCAUGCAGCUGGUAAUGGAGAAGAGGGAGAAGAUGAUGAACAUGGCAGCCACCAGGAGGAUGGGGUUGAUGCGGAGAACAAUGGCGAGGGUCCAGAUGGCUCCAAGUUAAUGACUAUGUCUGAUCCGACUAGGCCUGCGUCGCUCAAUUCAGAUGAAUCAAUGAGCUCUGUGGCACCACUGAUAACAGUACAUGCUACCUACCCUUGGCAAUACCAUAGUGUGUUCCACGGGUGCAUCAUUGACAAGGAUCGCAUCCAGAUCGGUCAGAUUGUGAAGCAAGGUUCUUACGGACAAGUGUUUGAAGGUACUCUUGGUUAUCCAGAGCGACUGCCAAUCAUUGUGAAAACAUCAACACAGAGCGCUCAUCAGGAUGAAAUCCAGCGACUUGCCUUUGAAGCCAUGGUGUUGAAGGGUGCCGUGCAUAAGUACGUGCAUUCCGUUGUCGGUAUCUGCUUUGCGUCGACAGCAACUAACGGCGUACCCGUGCCGCCGUUUCUGAUCUUCCCAAUGGUACCGGGUCAGAAGUCUCUCAAAGACCUUCUUCUGCACACGCGGCGGGUGGCGGGCAUCCGCGACUCCAGUACAGAUGCCGGGAAUGGAUCAGUGGGACGAGCUGGUGGAAAGAUGCUGUCCACACCGCAGCUAGUGAUGAUGGCAGCACAGAUUGCUCGUGGACUGCGCCAUCUGGAGAAGAGGAACAUUGUGCACAAGGACGUCGCCACCAGGAACUGUGUUGUAUUGCCCAACCUGGAGGUUCGUAUUGGCGACGCCGCUCUCUCCUGCGACCUGUAUCCCAAUGAAUAUCACUACCAUUUCAACUUUGGACAUGCCAAGGUGCCGCUGAAAUGGAUGCCGCUGGAGUGCAUUGAAGAUGGUCAUUUCUCAGGCAGCAGCGACGCGUGGGCGUUUGGAGUGACAAUGUGGGAAAUCAUGACACUGGGUAGCUUGCCCUUCGAGGACGUGGAUGAGCUGGAUCUUUCGCAACACUUGCGCAACGGCCACCGGCUUCAGCAGCCGCGGCGUUGUCCAUUCGAACUUUUCGCCAUCAUGGCACGGUGCUGGGCUCUGUCACCCGAGGACCGUCCAGGCUUUGGAUUUCUGGUGCAUGCGCUUUACACGUACGCAGACACGUUGCGAUGCUACAUCUAAACUACGGCGGAAUUUACCGUCCCACUCCAGCAAGUAGUGGCGGAUGUGUAGGUGCAUAGCCCGCUGUGAAGCGAUACGGCAGUAUUCGUGUGACCGGGUGUGUGAUGCUUGAUGAACCCUGCUGUCAUGUUUAAAACUUGAAUGUAGACUUGUACUAUAUUAUUUACAUCCUGGUAAGAUUUGCAUGUACGCACGAACUACAACUUGAUUCCCCAACUUGCAAUGUACCACCCGGUCAGUAUCUGAUAUAGAUACUCUACUGGUAUACUACUAAAUUCACAAUUUACAUAUCAGAUUUUUUUCUAUUCACAGAUUUGUGUGAUCAGGUUAUAUUUCUUUUUCUACAGAAAUCUAUGCUUGAUCAAUGAUACUACAGACAUAUUUCUCCCCCUAAAACCUUCAAACCCCUGUAUAUACUUUACCCAUUCAGGAUUGAGAUUAUCGCCCUGUCAGAUGCUACUUCAAAGUAAAAUUCA